UUCGGACGUCGCACACGCAGGGCCGAUAUUGCGUCUUCUCCGCAGCGCACGGUCGCAUUGCGGAGGAGGAGGAGGGGGUGGCCCUAUGACCAGACGUGUCUCUCCUGAUGUCUGGCCCAAAGAUGCUGGACUGCCCCGGGUAUUUGAGGCGGAGGCUGCGCGCCUGAACGGGAGGGCUAUAGUGCUCGUGAGAGGCAGCCCCUGUCCAGCAGUAGUCGGCCGUCCCUCCCGCUCCCAGACAAGCCAGGCCCGUCCAACCCAGUACCCCCUUAGAAACCUCCCCUUGCGUUUCUCGCCUUUGUUGGCCCAAGAACAAGACAAAGCAAAAAAAAAUCAGCAAGGAUGCGCACCAGCGUCGCACUCGCCGCCGCGGCGGGCGCCCUCCUGGUGCAGGCGGCGCCGUCGGCCAAGAACUUCAUCUACGUGGUGCCCGACGGCUUCGGCACGGCGUCGCAGACCAUGGCGCGCGACUACGUGUCGCUGCUGCGCAACGGCGGGAACCCGGGCAGGCCGGUGACGUUCCAGCUGCCGGCCGACAAGCUGGUCAUGGGCAACGUCCGCACCCAGGCCAGUGACAACCUGGUGACCGACUCGGCCGCGUCGGCCACCGCCUUUGCGUGCGGUAUCAAGACCUUCAACGGCGCCCUUGGAGUCAACGAUGCGCGUGAGCCUAUCGGUUCCAUCCUCGAGGCCGCUCACCUUGCCGGCAUGAAGACGGGCCUGGUUGUGACGAGCGUCAUCAACCACGCGACACCGGCUGGCUACUCUUCCCAUGUCUCAAGCAGAGACUCGUAUUCCAAGAUCGCGGAGCACCAGAUAGGGUACAGCCAUCCGUUCGGGCCCUUUGUCGACAUCCUGCUGGGUGGUGGUCGGUGCUACUACAAGCCCCAGGGCGAGUCCGGCUCGUGCAGGUCCGACGACGUCGACCUCUUCGGCUUCGCGCGGCAGAACAGCUACCACGUCAUGCAAGACCGCAGCGCCUUUGACGCCAUCGACAAGGGCCUCGGCUCGGUGCGGCUGCCGUUCAUCGGCCUCUUCAACGACAAACACCUCAUGUACGAGGUCGACCGCGCGCGCGCGCCCGAGCGGGAGCCGUCGCUGCUCGAGAUGGCCGAGACGGCCCUCAACGCGCUGGACCGGGCCACGGCGUCGGGCAGCAAGGGCUACUUCCUCAUGAUCGAGGCGUCGCGCAUCGACCACGCCGGCCACGCAAACGACCCGGCCGCGCACCUGCACGACAUCGUCAUGUACAACAACGUGCUCGACCGCCUGCGCUCCUGGAUCGACGACCACCCGGACACGAUGCUCAUGUCGGCCGCCGACCACGAGACGGGCGGCCUCACCCUGCGCGGCUACAACCCGCUGCCGCUCGGCCGCGCCAACGCCUCGACCGAGGCCCUGACGCGCCGCUUCGCCGAGUUCGCGGGCCCCGACGCCGAGCGCGCCGCCUUCUUCCGCGCCGAGAUCCUGCCCGCCUACGGCCUGGCCGACGCGACCGACGCCGAGGUCACCACCCUGCUGGCGUCGGGCAGCCUGGCGGCCGACAUGGGCAACCUCUUGGCCUCGCGCGCCGGCGUGCACUUCUCGACGGGCGGCCACACGGCCGCCGACGUGGUGCUGUACGGCUACGCCGCCGGCGGGCGGCUGCCCGAGUACAAGGCCGACAUGGCCGGCAACUGGGACAACACGGAGCUGCCAAAGUACAUCGAGCGCGUGCUCGGCGUGGACAUGGGCGCGGCCACGGAGCGCCUGCGCGCCAACGGGACCGGCUGGGUUGGUACGGACCGGGACAGGGAUCCGCGUCUCACUGGCGUCGACCACAUCCACGGUCAUGAUUAGACUCUGUAAACUAUCCAGUACCACCUUUUAGCUUCAAAACGGGUCGGCUGUACUGUGAAUAGAAAGGAAACAAAAGUUACCGUAAACAGCCCGCCGGGCUGCGUUUGCCCGCGCCAUCAUGGCGGGUUUCCUG